CUCUGGCUCGCCGCCCCAGCUGCCGCUCUGCGCCCGCAACCCGCCGCAGCACUGCGGGCCAUGGACCUGCCCAGGGGCCUCGUGGUGGCCUGGGCGCUCAGCCUGUGGCCAGGGUUCACAGACACCUUCAACAUGGACACCAGGAAGCCCCGGGUCAUCGCUGGCUCCAGGAGUGCUUUCUUUGGCUACACGGUGCAGCAGCAUGACAUCAGUGGCAAGAAGUGGCUGGUGGUGGGCGCCCCUUUGGAAACCAAUGGCCAGCAGAAGACAGGAGAUGUGUACAAGUGUCCAGUGAUCCAGGGGAACUGCACCAAGCUCAACCUGGGAAGGGUCACCCUAUCCAACGUGUCUGAGCGGAAGGACAACAUGCGCCUCGGCCUGAGCCUCGCCACCAACCCCAAGGACAACAGCUUCCUGGCCUGCAGCCCCCUCUGGUCUCACGAGUGUGGAAGCUCCUACUACACCACAGGGAUGUGCUCAAGAGUCAACUCCAAUUUCCGGUUCUCCAAGACCGUGGCCCCAGCUCUUCAAAGGUGCCAGACCUACAUGGACAUCGUCAUUGUCCUGGAUGGUUCCAACAGCAUCUACCCCUGGGUGGAGGUCCAGCACUUUCUCAUUAAUAUCCUGAAGAAGUUUUACAUUGGUCCAGGGCAGAUCCAGGUUGGAGUUGUGCAGUAUGGAGAAGAUGUGGUCCAUGAGUUUCACCUCAAUGACUACAGGUCUGUGAAGGAUGUAGUGGAAGCUGCCAGCCACAUUGAGCAGAGAGGAGGAACAGAGACGCGGACGGCAUUUGGCAUUGAAUUUGCUCGAUCAGAGGCUUUCCAGAAGGGCGGCAGGAAAGGGGCCAAGAAGGUGAUGAUCGUCAUCACAGAUGGGGAGUCCCACGACAGCCCGGACCUGGAGAAGGUCAUCCAGCAAAGUGAGAGGGACAACGUGACCAGAUAUGCCGUGGCCGUCCUGGGCUACUACAACCGCAGGGGGAUCAACCCAGAAACUUUUCUAAAUGAAAUCAAAUACAUCGCCAGCGACCCGGAUGACAAGCACUUCUUCAACGUCACUGAYGAGGCAGCCCUGAAGGACAUUGUUGACGCCCUGGGGGACAGGAUCUUCAGCCURGAAGGCACCAACAAGAACGAGACCUCCUUUGGGCUGGAGAUGUCACAGACAGGCUUCUCCUCGCACGUAGURGAGGACGGGAUUCUGCUGGGAGCCGUUGGCGCCUAUGACUGGAACGGGGCCGUGCUGAAGGAGACGAGCAGCGGCAAGGUCAUUCCGCUCCGCGAGUCCUACCUGAAGGAGUUCCCCGACGAGCUCAAGAACCAUGGCGCGUACCUGGGGUACACAGUGACGUCGGUCGUGUCCUCCAGGCAGGGGCGAGUGUAUGUGGCCGGAGCUCCGCGGUUCAACCACACGGGCAAAGUCAUCCUGUUCACCAUGCACAACAACAGGAGCCUCACCAUCCACCAGGCCCUCCGGGGCGAGCAGAUAGGCUCUUACUUCGGGAGUGAGAUCACCUCAGUGGACAUCRAUGACGACGGAGUGACCGAUGUGCUACUGGUGGGGGCACCCAUGUACUUCAGCGAGGGCCGMGAGCGCGGCAAAGUGUACGUCUACAUCCUGAGACAGAACCGGUUUGUUUAUAAUGGAACGCUGAAGGAUUCCCACAGUUACCAGAACGCCCGGUUUGGGUCGUCCAUUGCCUCUGUUCGCGACCUCAAUCAAGAUUCCUACAAUGACGUGGUGGUGGGAGCCCCUCUAGAAGACAACCAUGGAGGCGCCAUCUACAUCUUCCAUGGCUUCCAAGGCGGCAUCCUGAAGAAGCCCAAGCAGAGAGUGGCGGCGUUGGAGCUGGCUCCCGGGCUCCGGUACUUUGGCUGCAGCAUCCACGGGCAGUUGGACCUCAACGACGACGGGCUGGUGGACCUGGCCGUGGGCGCGCUGGGCAAUGCUGUGAUUCUGUGGUCCCGGCCCGUGGUUCARAUCAAUGCCAGCCUCCACUUUGAGCCAUCCAAGAUCAACAUCUUCCACAAGGACUGCCAGCGCAACGGCAGGGAUGCCACCUGCCUGGCCGCCUUCCUCUGCUUCACGCCCGUCUUCCUGGCGCCCUAUUUCCAAACAGCAACUGUCGGCAUCAGGUACAACGCCACCAUGGAUGAGAGGCGGUAUAUGCCGCGGGCCCACCUGGAUGAGGGCGGGGACCCCUUCACCAACAGGGCUGUUCUGCUCUCCUCGGGCCAGGAGCACUGUCAGCGCAUCAACUUCCACGUCCUGGACACCGCUGACUACGUGAAGCCAGUGACCUUCUCGGUGGAGUAUUCCCUGGAGGACCCCGACCACGGCCCCGUGCUGGAUGACGGCUGGCCCACCACACUCAGAGUCUCGGUGCCCUUCUGGAAUGGCUGCAAUGAGGACGAACACUGUGUCCCUGACCUCGUGCUGGAUGCUCGGAGUGACCUGCCCACAGCCAUGGAGUACUGCCAGAAGGUGCUGAGGAAGCCUGURCAGGACUGCUCCAAAUACACCCUGUCCUUCGACACCACGGUUUUCAUCAUUGAGAGCACACGCCGCCGGGUGGCAGUGGAGGCCGCGCUGGAAAACCGAGGCGAGAACGCCUACAGCACGGUGCUCAACAUCUCCCAGUCCGCCAACCUGCAGUUUGCCAGCUUGAUCCAGAAGGUCGAGUCCGAGAGCAGCAUCGAGUGCGUGAAUGAGGAGAGGAGACUGCACAAGAAAGUCUGCAACGUCAGCUACCCCUUCUUCAAGGCCAAGGCCAAGGUGGCUUUCCGUCUGGAUUUCGAAUUCAGCAAGUCCAUCUUCCUGCACCACCUGGAGAUCCAGCUCAGCUCAGGCAGUGACAGUGAUGAGCAGGACAGCACCAAGGAAGACAACGCGGCCCUGAUGCGCCUCCACCUCAAGUAUGAGGCCGACGUCCUCUUCACCAGGAGCAGCAGCCUGAGCCACUACGAGGUCAAAGCCAACAGCUCACUGGACAUCUAUGAUGGUACCGGACCUCCUUUCCACUGUGUUUUCAAGAUUCAGAACCUGGGCUUUUUCCCCAUCCAUGGGGUGAUGAUGAAGAUCACUGUUCCCAUCGCCACCAGGGGUGGCAACCGCCUGCUGAUGCUGAGGGACUUUCUCACUGACCAGGUGAACACGUCCUGCAAUGUCUGGGGGAACAGCACCGAGUAUCGGCCAGUCCCGAUGGAGGAAGACUUGAGUCAUACCCCACAACUGAAUCACAGCAACUCCGACGUGGUCUCCAUCAACUGCAACGUGAGGCUGGCCCCCAAUCAGGAAAUCAACUUCCAUCUGCUGGGGAACCUCUGGUUGAGGUCCCUCAAAGCACUCAAGUACAGGUCGGUGAAGAUCAUAAUCAACGCAGCCUUGCAAAGGCAGUUCCACAGUCCCUUCAUCUUCCGUGAGGAGGACCCCAGCCGCCAGGUCACGUUUGAGAUCUCCAAGCAAGAGGACUCCCAGGUCCCCAUCUGGAUCAUCGUGGGCAGCACGCUGGGGGGCCUCCUGCUGUUGGCCCUGCUCGUCCUGGCACUCUGGAAGCUUGGCUUCUUUAAAAGUGCCAAGCGCAAGAGGGAGCCUGGCCUGCACCCCAGCCCCAAAGUAAUGGAGUGAGGCUCCAGAGGAGGCUUCAAAUUGCCGGGGGCCAGAUUCCAGUGCAGGGCUGUGCAAGCCCAGGCCCGUGACCCACCGAGCGGAGCGGAGAGGACGCCAGCUGGCUUUGUACUUGACCUCAUCUCCCAAGCGAAGGCGCCCACUCCUGGGAUGGAACUCAAGUGGUGCUAAGAGGAAUCGCCCCGUGGGAGGCGGAGACACCUCCAGUUCAGAUCCCUGGGAUUUGAAGGGAGCCUCCGAGGCCCACCCGAGGCCUCCCCCGGGCUCCACGGAGGAUUUGCCGCCCCAGCCAUCAUGGUGCUAGGAACUUGCAAUCAUGCCCACUGAGAGACCCACGGAGGAAGACUGUAAAUACAGCCACUCUGUCCCCGACCCAGGCCUCUACUUCCCAAAGGACCCCACAGCACAGCAGACCUGAACGCCAGGAGGCCCUGCCACCCCUCACCCAAGCCCUGGCUCCGAAGUCACACCACCCUCUGCCCCACAGACAGGCCCCCAAACUCUCCAUGAAUGAACCUGAACCCCAAAGCAUGAAGAUGACAGUGGCAGGCCAGGGAUAAAGAAAGAUGCUUGGGUGAGGAAACUGAACCAGACGAGCAGGAGGGACUCAGUAUGCUGGGCGACAUCAGCCACCUGUGUGCAUCACUGUGCCACCCAGCUGCCAGUCGGUGGCUCUCAGCCUCCUGCCCUCCUGGCUGCCUCUGCCCAGCUGCUUUUGUUCCUAGGUACCUCACAGGAAGUGUGCGGAUGGCGCAAUCCCUUGGGCUCCUCGUUCCCACUUGUCUUCCAGCUGCAGCUGCAGCCCAGUAGAGGGGGAAGGGUAGGGCACCCCUCCCUGCAUCACCCCUACACACACACACACACACACACACACACACACACACACACACAAGCUCGCUCACAACUUCCCCACCCCUCCCGUCUCCCACCACUGCCCGGGAGAAGGGUUUGGCGGGGCUGUGGAGGGGUCCUCUCUGGAAUGCACUGAAUAAAGCUCGUGCAAGGACCCUCAGGGCCUGUGCAGCUUUGGUGGCAAACAUCUUGCCCACCGACCCACUGAACCAAUGUCAGACCAACGAUGGCACCCCAAGGACAAGGGGCAUGCCGGGUGCCCAGCAGAGUAAUUUAUGCCUUAACCUUUUUCUAAGGUAGAAAUAAAACAGGGAUACAUCAAAGGCACCUGCUCCCUUGUGCAUAGUGCGACCUUGACUGUCAAUAUUUUUAAGAAAUUAAAAGUGUUUAGAAACACCUAAGGCACUGACAUUGCGCUCUGCGGCAGUGUGUCCAGGUGAGCCACAGCUGCUUUAACAAGGAGGGAGAUGGCUCCCUGCUGCCUUCACAUGGUGCUAAGUAUGGGGAUGGUCUUGCCCGCUGCAGGCUCCCUGCAGCAUGCCUUCCAUGGGGCCACCUGGCCCCUCUCUGCAUGACAUGACAGCUCCACAGUGGGGCACUGCCAGGGAUCCUUCCUCCCUCCCAAGAUCACCUGUUCCAUCUUUGGCCAGGGUGGAUGAUUAGAACCCACAAGUUUCACUGUAGUGCCAACCCCUUAGUCCCAGCUCUCCUCCUGGGGAUCCCAGGACUCCCAGCCCUCUCCAGCCUGGGGUUCCAGCAGUGACCCUCCCACAGCCCAACCCUGUUUUCUCACACACAGGCUGCUCUUAAACCAAGGUGUCUCCAUUCUAUUCUUGCAUCAUUCACUCCUUGGAAUCCCAACAAACAGAACCUUAGAAAUUACUUCCUCAUUACUGAGGACACUCAGAACCAGAGAAGAGACACCCUAGGUUCCAGAGCAGAAGCAAGAUGGAAUCUAGGAGGGCUAUCUGCCUGGCCACUCACCCUAGCCCAGCCACUCGCUCUAGUCCAGCCUCAGAGGGCCAGAUGAGCAACAAGUGGUGAAAAUAAAACCUGAAUAGCAAACCCCAUUUUUCCUUCCAGAA